AUGACUCAAAAGGUUUUGGUGAGUAGAGAUGUUACAUUUGAUGAAUUCAAAGGUUGGGAAUGGGACUCUGAGAAAGUGGGUACUGAAACUCACCUCACGUGGGAAGGUUAUAAAGAGGAUAUAAAUGAUUUAGAAGAAGAAUCUGAGGAGCAUAUUAUUGUUACAACACCUAUGGCUGCUCAGAUUGUGCCACCAAGAGACAAAGUGGUCGAUGAACUGACUGAUUUAAGCUCGAACAAGUCGGGAAGUGCACAGAGUUCAGAAGAUGAAAUAAUAAAUGAUUCAAAUGCUCAAAGUUUUGAAUUGGGUCCAAGAGUACUCACAAAACCGGGUUGGCAUGAUGCAUAUGAAAUGGCCAACAUCAUGCUUGAUACAAAUAAUCAGUAUGCAUUGCAAGUGGAUAGUGAUGAUCCUAUUGCUUUUGAGGAUGUUGUGAAGGCAGAAAAAUGGAGAAUAACCAUGAAUAAAACCAAGUUAAAUGAGAAUGGUGAAGUGGAUAAAUACAAAGCAAGAUUAGUGGCAAAGGGGUAUGCUCAACAAUAUGGAAUAGAUUAUGAUAAAGUGUUUGCUCCGGUUGCAAGGUGGGAUACUAUAAGGUCCAUGCUAGCUCUUGCAGCACAUCACGGGUGGCCUGUCUAUCAAUUAGACAUGAAAAGUGCAUUCCUCCAUGGUGAUCUCACAGAAGAAGUUUUUGUAACGCAACCACCAGGCUUUGUGAUCUCAGGGGAGGAGGACAAAGUUUACAAUUGGAGAAGGCCUUAUAUGGAUUAA